AUGUACUAUAACCUCUCGCUCGAGCUGGCUGCGAGCCCAGCUGCGCGGGAGCGUUUCAACACGGCGCACAGGCCUCUCGUCGCCGUCGGCGAGGACGGACCUAUUGGUGGCGAGACACACGUUGCGACGUACUUCGACGGACUGUCGAACAUCACGCAGACUGCGCCGCAGUUCUCGCCGCCCGAAGGCUUCGAGAGCGAUCUCGUGCGCCAGUCGGACACGAAGGCUUACGAAGCCAUUCUGGACCUGCUGGAGAAGGAGCCGGAACACAGCGUGACGAUCGUCGCCAUCGGACCUUUGACGAAUGUGGCAUGGGCGUACCGCCAGAACAAGGAUGUGUUCAACCGCGUGAAGGAGGUGGUGUGGAUGGGCGGCGCGCUGGAUGUGCCGGGGAACACCUCCCCAGUGGCUGAGUUCAACUCGUUCGCGGACCCGUAUGCCUUCGACCUGGUGCUCGAGGCCGUGAAGCGUGGCGAGUUCCGCCUCACCUUCGCUCCGCUAGACAUCACGACGCCGCACAGUGUGCCCUUCCCCUCUCUCCUCUUCCCCGACGCGGACCCCAAGGACGAGCGUCUGAAGGCAUUCACGACUGCCUUCCUGACGCGCGUGCGCGGCCUGCAGGCACAGUUCGGCAAUCCCGACGCGAUGGAGAUGCACGACCCCCUCUCGAUGUGGUACGCCGUCGAGAACGCGGGAUGGCCGAACGGCGACCUAGCCCCAGGAUGGGCCGUGACGCCGCGCGAGUUCACGAUUGAGCGCAACGGCGAGCGCACGCGCGGCAUGUGCGUCGUCGACCGGCGAGGGACGGGCGAGGGCACCGAGAUCCGCACAGAGAACAAGGCGCUGCAGGAGCUAUCGACGGCGGACGAGAAGAAGGUCGAGGCCAAGGGCAAGGACGCGAUCCAGGACAAAACCAAGAAGCACCUCCCGUUCAUGAUCUCGAACACGCCGGGCGAGGAGGAGCUCGCCCGCCUCCUCCUCUAUCGUGUCUGGGGCGUCAAGAAGUGA